AUGUCGUCCCCAGACAAGCCCAAAAAGAGGGCAAGGGUAUCCACCGCGAAAGAACUACCUAGCUUGCAUACCGCCCACCGAAUUAAAGAAGCUGGCAAAGAAACUCACCUUCGGGCAGCCAAGACGAGAGCAGCAUACUCGGGACAUGUCCACCGAGCGCGCUUUGAUCCAAAUUUUAAGAACACAUUUGAGUGCAUGCCAAAUAGGUGCUCAGAUAAAGCAUUAGCCCUUUACCUUUCAUGGAGAGGGUUCCAAGAAAAUAGCAGCCAAAGCACCAUUGACAGUGUUCGAGCAGGAUUCAAGAUGUUGUGGGACGAAGCUGAUGGUGCAACGUUCCGCGGGAAGUGGCAUCACAAUGAUGCCCAUCACCGAUGGGAAGGCAACCCGGUCCUGUCGGCAGAAGUUGACGACGUUGUGGCAUCUAUCAGACACAAGGUUAGUUCCGAAGGAGCUGAACGGAAGCACUCAGGUGCCAUGAAGAAGGAAUACAUGGAUAAGAUACUCGCCUGGUCAGAAUCAUUUUGUCCACUUGAUGCCCCACUCCAAUACAUUCUGAAGCUAACGGUCACAUGGCACCUCGAACACCUUGCCUUUAGUGCUGUCGCAUUUAUGCUUUGGACGAGGAACUACGAGCUCCUGAAACUAAAGUGCGGGGAUGUCAAGCUUGACAAGACUGUCAUAGAUGGCAUCGAGCACAAUGCUUACUUCGAGAUCCACCUAAAAAACCGUAAGGGAUGGCAGAGAAAGUUAGAUAAGGGGAUGAGGGAAGCUGACCUACGAAGCAAUCGCUACAAGAUUUAUCCAUGCCCGGAUAUGGGCAAGGCGUGUGACACCCUCCUGCGCCUCGUGUCCUGGAUGAAAUGGGUCGAACUUGUCCAUCUCAGCCGGCCGAUGACUGAAGAGGAUUUCCUUUUCCCCGCAAUUGGCACAAAUGGCGUGCUGCAACCGGGUGAGCCACUUUCCCAUGACACAAUCCAAAAAUGGAUCGACGAGGCAGUGGUGGGGUCCGGAAUUCCCGGAACGUUCACAAUGCAUUGCUACCGUCGUGGUGGAGCGCAAUACCGCUUCAUGUUUGCGCCAGUGGGGCAGCGAUGGACCCUUGCAUGGGUCCGGUGGUGGGGGGGAUGGGCUGAAGGUGAGCAUCGCGACACACUGAUGCGCUACCUCCUCAAUGAGUUGAAUUGCUACGAAAACGACCACAGCGAAGCGCUGCAACCAGUCCCAUGUGAAGGUGAUUGUUCACUCGCAGGCGAAGCUGCACUCGUCCGGCCAGCAUCCACUGAGGCACUCAACAUGGCGCAUGCAUCGAUAACAGCUGACAUGGCAGCGCUACACACAACUGUGAAGGAAGUGAAGGAAACCUCGUGCUCACUUUCAGUAGAUGUAAGGGAGAUCCACCAACAGCUCAGCGACAUGAGCAACCUGGUUGUAAAGGCCCUAACCUUGGCCUCUGCAUAUUCAGCCCCUUCUGGACCUGUGCUGUGCCAGGGCACUACUGGCAGUAACGCUCGAGCGAUGCCAAUAACAGCCUACCAACAUUCACCUGCACAGACCACAACGUCGUUGCCCCCAGUGAUCCAGUCCGCUUCCAUGCCAACAGCGGCCCACCGGCGUUCACUUGCGCAGACCAUGGCUUUGUUGCCCCCAGCAAUCCAGUCCACUUCCAUGCCAGCAGCCCAGCCAUACCUACCUACGCUCAAUUUACAACCGACUCAAACACAGUUCAGGAUGCCGCAAGUUGUCCAACCAUCAGAUCUUUCGCUCUCGAUGUCCCUCCCUUCACAGAUUGGACCCCAGAGGACCAAGGCCCAUGCCUCUACCUCCCUUCUGGGAGUUGUCAUCCCGGAUGUGCCCGUUUUGCGUCCCAAUGGGACACGGACUGCAAAGUCGGACUCUUGGAGGGGCAUAGUACGCCACUGGAUGGAGGGGGAGCCAUGGCUUGACCUGCACAUUCCACUCAAGGACUGGCCUUAUCACUACUACAAUGGGAAGAGUGGCCAUCAAUUCAAUACGAAGUACUCUCAGCGACGUGUCAUUGCAACGGAAUUCCUUGACGAAUUCCAGGGAGAUGAGGAAACCUUCCUCAAGGUCUAUGGAAGUGCCAUUGGUCAAGGACACACAAAACUCCUCAAAGCGAUCUUGGCUGCCCGCAAACAGUAUUGUGGAGCUGGGGAGUGCCAUCGUCGCCUCACAAGUGAAGAAGUCUGCAACAAUUCUUCUUCGGGCAUCAGUGAGCAGCACUGAUGCAUAUCACACCAAGGUCGUCAUUCCACCAUUGCCAUCCUGUUCUUUUUUUCUUCUUUUGUUUUCUUUCUCUUAAUACAUCUAUCACUCACUUGUCGAUACUAUCACCCCAGCAUCACCCGAGCUCGUGAUGUACUACGUCACUAGUCGCAUACUCGUACAUGUGCAGUAGCCUACUUGUCGUAUGUAUGCAACGCACAACACAAACAUCGUUAAUCGCAAGCAUCAUUCGUCCACCCAUCAUAUCCUGAGUGUGCGCGUGCGCACACAAUACCAUUAUGUGUUUGUUCUACCUAACUCACACGUCCAUUCGAGAGUAGUCCUAUACUGCCAUACAUAACUG